AUGGAUAAGAUGAAGAUCAAAGGGCUGCUGUCAGUGACACUCAAAGGGGGCCCGAGCAUGCACAAGACCAGCAGUUCCCCGGAGCAGGUGGGACCCAAGGACAGAGGCUACGGAGGUGGCAGUGAUCUUGGCAAGGCCCCCACCCGUGCCGCCCCCGGGGACCUUCCUUCUGCUACGUGGGUACCGCUCAGCUCUGUGCCCGAGGUUGUACACCAGAAACUGAAGAAGGAGCCUGAGGGGAAGAGUGGCCAGGCUUCAGCCGCAUCCUGGGGUGAGGAACAGUCCCCCGUGACGGUGCGCAAGCACACCCAUCCCCUGUGCAAGAUCUUCACCGAGGACAUCAGUGAGCGCCUGUCGCUGACCGCUGGCAGCCAGCUGCCGGAGGGCUGCCUGGAGAAGCUGGCCCUCAACAGGCCCAUCUUCAACAAGCCCCUCAGCCACCUCCUCCACCACGUCAGCCUGUCCGAGAUUGGCUUCGAGAAGCUGGAGUCCUACGUCAAGCUGGACAAGCUAGGCGAGGGCUCCCAUGCCACCGUGUACAAGGGCAAAAGCAAGCUCACAGACAGCCUUGUGGCGCUCAAGGAGAUCCGACUGGAGCAUGGGGAGGGGGCGCCCUGCACCGCCAUCUGGGAGGUGUGCCUGCUCAGGGACCUAAGACACGCCAACAUCGUCAGGCUGCAUGACGUCAUCUACAUGGAGAGGUCCCUCAUCCUCGUCUUUGAGUGCCUGGACAAAAACCUGAAGCAGUACCUGGCCGACUCUGGGAACGUCAUUGACAUGCACAACGUGAGGCUGUUCCUGUUCCAGCUGCUCCGGGGCCUGGCCUACUGCCACCGGAAGAAGGUGCUGCACCGGGACCUCAAUCCGCAGAACCUGCUCAUCAACGUGAGAGGGGAGCUCAAGCUGGCCGACUUCGGCUUGGCCCGGACCAAGUCCGUCCUCAUGAAAACCUACUCCAACGAGGUGGUGACGCUGUGGUACCGGCCGCCCGACCUCCUGCUGGGGUGCACCCACUACUCCACCCACAUUGACAUGUGGGGAGUGGGCUGCAUCUUCUACGAAAUGGCCACGGGCCGGCCCCUCUUCCCCGGCUCCUCGGUGGAGGAGCAGCUGCACGUCAUCUUCUACAUCUUGGGGACCCCCACGGAGGAGACAUGGCCAGGCAUCCUGUCCAACGAAGAGUUCAAGGCACACAACUUCCCCCAGUACCGUGCCCAGGCCUUUCUAAGCCACGCGCCCCGGCUGGAGAGCCAUGGGGUCGAUCUCCUCACCAAGCUGCUGCGGUUCGAAGGCCGCAGUCGGAUCUCUGCCGAGAAUGCCAUGAAGCACCAGUUCUUCUUCAGCCUCGGGGAGCAGAUCCACAGGCUCCCCGACACGACGUCCAUAUUCGCGCUCAAGGAGAUCCAGCUACACAGGGAGGCCGGCCUUCACGCCUCAUCAGUGCCUGACUCAGGCAGGCCAGCUUUCCGUGUGGCGGACACCGAGUUCUAG